AUGGGCAGAGCGAUGGUGGCCAGGCUCAGACUGGGGCUGCUGCUUCUGGCGCUGCUCCUACCCACGCAGAUUUAUUCAAAUACAACAAAUAUGACAGCUGCAAACAACUCCUCCCAGAGUACCUCGACUGCUCCCAAUCCAGCUAAUACCACCACCACACCAACUGGCGGUGCUCUGCAGUCAACAGCGUCUCUUCGCAUUAUUUCACUUAGCAUAAUACACUCU